AUGCCUUCGACGCCAAACAACGUUCCAGAGACCCCCCGAGUCAUCUCUCCCUCACCCUCCCUCUCCGACAGAUCUGACGCACGUGAUGGAUAUCUUGCGCCCACAACACGCUCAGCAGCUCGCCGACAGAACCCUUCGGGGGUCUCAGAAGAGAGUUCAGGAUCAGGGAGAUCUCGUAGUCCACCUGAAUCUACCCCGAGCCGAUCAACGCGACAGCGCCGGUCCAACCCCAUGAUCCCAGCCUCGCCGCCCAACGGUAAAGCCUCCAAUGGCUUUUUAUCGCCCAAGCUUCCCGAUGGCGCGCGCGAUAUAUCACGAUCACCAUCACCGCUUGGUCUCAUUCCUUUACACUCCCGCUAUCGCAACUUCAUUCACCGCCAUGAAAUCCCCCGCAAACUUCUCCACGUGUCAAUCGGCUUUCUGACUCUGGGUCUGUAUAGCCGUGGGGUUCAGACACUGCAGAUUACCCCCGUGUUAUUUUCUGCUUUAGUUCCAAUCGCAGUGACUGAUAUUGUCCGUCAUCGCUCGGAGAAGGUUAACAAACUUUACAUUCGCUGCAUGGGCGCUCUCAUGCGUGAGACCGAGGUCUCUGGUUAUAAUGGCGUGAUUUGGUAUCUCCUCGGAGCAUACGUCGUCCUGCGUUUCUUCCCCAAGGACGUCGGUGUCAUGGGCGUGCUUCUUCUCAGUUGGUGUGAUACUGCCGCAUCUACAUUUGGCCGUAUCUACGGCCGCUACACUCCUCGCCUUCGACCCGGAAAGAGCUUGGCUGGAACUCUGGCUGCCUGGGCUGUUGGCGUUGCCACUGCUGCCUCAUUCUGGGGCUGGUUCGUUCCCUACAUGGGAGCUUUCCCCAACGACCCACAAGACGCAUUUAUGUUCACAGGCCGUCUGAAUUUACUUCCCGACUGUGUUCGAGGUCUCAUCGGCAUGGAGCCGUCAUCCGCUGGUGUCAUCACUGGCCCACUGGCCCUUGGCGCGAUGAGCGUCGUGUCUGGUGUUGUGGCUGCUGGCAGCGAGUUCAUUGAUCUUUGGGGCUGGGACGACAACCUGACCAUCCCAGUUCUGAGUGGGCUGGGACUUUGGGGAUUCCUCAAAGUAUUUGGCUAA